AUUGGUCAGAAUUUCACCCGCGCGACUAUCAGUGGGAGUUUAGUAUCCGGUGUAAACAUGCCGUGUCCAGUUAGGACAUGAUUUAUGUAUUUAAUUCCACAUUUGGCAGUGAAGUUGAGUCCACGCGUCUAACACAUUCGGCUGGCAGCUAUGGAAGGAAGAUGUGCGGUUGAAACGCUGACAGAAUUCGGCUUUUCGUCAGCUUCAAGCAGCCUGAAAGUGGGAGGUGAUGAUAUGUUCCUCUCCACUGGAAGCGACGAGGUGUAUGUGUUCAGCGACCAAAGCAAAGAGUUAAAGGCGAUUAUCCUCUUUCCUGGUCCUGUGAGGGACCUGGUCGUGAAUGAAGACAAGCAAACUCUCCAUGUGGCCUGCUGCGGUGGAGUUUACUGCAUCGGUUUGUUAUCUUUGCCUUCCAGGGUUCAAAGCUCCAGGGGGUCCUCUACUGUGGCUCAUAUGAAAAUAUCUGACGAGCAUCUGGUUAUCAGAGAAGAUGGAGUAUUAGCCCUACUCUUGGUCAACUCUGUGCUCGUGAACCUUAGCCUGACAAAGACAUCCUGGCUGUUGACUCGCUACAAAAUCCCAGGAGAGUCAAUAUUCGGAAGUUAUGAAAAGCUCGAUUCUUUUAAGGCGCCAGUGGUGUCGGACUCAGGACAUCACAUCACAGAUAAGCGCAGCGAGAAGAGGCCAGUGCUGUUUUGCGCCCGCUCUGCAGAUGCGUCAUCCUCAUCGGGCUUACCAAGUGGUCACGUCUACCUCGAGCCGGCCCUCUUCAAAGUCCUCUUCGGUAUCGACGCGGCCUUAUCCAAAUCACCGGUCAUCUUUUGCGGUCUGCCGGACGGCCGACUGUGUUUCGCCGCUCAACGUGUGCCAGGAUCGCGGCUCAGAGUCCUUCACAGCCUCGAGCAACCCGUCGCGUUUGUCGGCGCCUCCCCCGGGGCUCGAACAGAUCCUGCGGAAUGUUUGGUGGCGCUGGGCGAGCAAGGUAAAGUCGUGCUGGUCACGUCCAAGAAAGGAGGAUCGGAAGGAGGAGGGGUCAGAGCCGCUUUUACCGAGGUGUGUGUGCCCGGACCCGUGCUGAGUGCGUCUCUGAAUAAACGCUGCCUGUACUACAGCACUGGUUCAGACCUGCUGGUACUGGAUCUGUCACUGGCCUCCACCGGCGGAUCCGAGGCUGCGAAGGGGGAGGUGGGACCUCAAAAAAGUCCUGCUGGGUCUCGGGAUGUCACCAGUUUAAAUGUCUGUCGACUCGUUGCCUUGGCAAAACACGCAAGGGACUCUGACGGAGGAGUUCAGCUGCUGGGCCUGUCCCGCAGGGGGCAGCUCCAGAGGAUUACUUUACCGGUUGGGUUGCGAGAUGGAGGUCGGUCUCGGCUCCCUUCUUCGCAUGUUGGCCGCAGCAUCAGAGAUAUUCUGUCGGCCAUUGGAGACGUUUAUGAAAGAUCAUCCGUGCUGAAAGCGUCAAUCAAAUCCCAAAACCAAACACUGAAACACCUGAAUCAGGUGCUCAACAUCAGCUUCCUACUGAAGACCGAAGGACACGGCGGGACGGUCGACCCCGUUCAGGAGAAAUCGAUUCGUUGUCACGCGACUACCAGCUGGAGCUCUUUGCUUCAGGAAGACUCUCUGAACCUGAAAUGCAUUCUGGAUAAUGGAAGCUCUUAUGUCCUGGAGGAAGGAUGGACACUAAACAUCACAACGUUUCCUACGUGCGACUCCUCCGAGGUGGAAAGCUGCUCCAAACAUUAUUCAUUCCCAUUCCAUAAUCUCCACCCCGGGGAGAAACUGGAGAUUUUCGUGCCUCUGGCGACCGCAGGAGACUUUUCGGUCCCCUGUAGCGUUUCCUGCUCUCUCACUUUCUCACUUUCAGGUCUACUCGGAGAGGAGGCGGCGGCAGAGCUGCCGGACGGCGGUUUGGUCAGUUUGCCGUUAAACGCGCUGAUGGUGGAUUGGUUGCACGUCACGCGCGUGGUCAGUCCAGCGCAAGCGAAGAGAAACGCCAGGUCUCAACCUUACGACGUCUCCGCACAGGACACCGUACGAGCUUUUUUGAAAUCGCGCCGCAGCGUGGGAAGGAACGCGGGGAACGAGCGGCACUCGGCAAGCGUUAAGGUGUCGUCGAAGUUACUGAGGGACACGUUGAAACCUUCGGAGGGGAGCGCUGAGGGUCCGAAAGGAAUCUGUGUCUCGCUGCUGGACUGGCUUCUCCAUGAAGGGCACGGAGGGGUGAAGACGCAAGGAGACAAGGUCGCCCUCACCAGCUCGGUGGUCCAUGCCCAAGUUCCGAAUGGGCACGGAAUAAAGCUCACGGCUAAAGAGGUUGACAUGGCGGAGGACGGCGCCGUGGAGCAGGAGGAGCCCCUGGUCGUAGUGGAGGUUCGGGUUGAGAGCUCCUCAUUGGCGGCGGUGUGCGGAAUGCACCACGCAGUGCUGCAGAGACUACAGAAUUUGUUGCUAAGGGCGCCUGAAACGCCUUCUUCCACAAUCAAGCUACGAAGUUUACACGUCAGAGAGGCCUUACAACGCGCAGAGAAACUGUUGCGGCAGAUGCAGCAAAGUCGGAUCUCCUGCAGCUUUGGUGAGGGGUUGUCCGUGGCCAAGGUGACGUCGUGUCUUCUUAAUGUGUAUGAAGAACUCAGGCAAAAUGAAAAUUCUCUGCUCAUUAUUUAACAUAUGCGCCUUAUGUAUACGUGCACAAGGUUGUAGGAAAAUAUUCGUGGCUUAACCUUUAUUCCAGCUUUUCCUUAAGGAAGCAAUUAUAUGGUUGUGGACUUGUGACCUCACAAUAAAUUAAAAGAGCUAAUAUGUCUUUCUGA